UGUUUGUUUUUUUUUACAAAAAUGUGUUAAGAUUACAAAAUUAAAAGAAGUACGAAGAAAAUUUAAUAAUCAAAAUGGUUGAAGACUCCGCCUUAAAUACUAAUAAGCCAAAGACGAAGGCAACAAGGCCUAAAGCAGUGUACUUAUGGACUGAAGCCGACGUACAGAAAUGGCUUCGCCGUCACUGCAGUGACUACUACAGCCUGUACUGGGAAAGGUUUCAUGAGCAUGAUAUUACUGGAAGAGCUCUAGUUAGAAUCAAUGACAAUACUUUAUUAAGAAUGGGCAUCACAAACAAGGAGCACAGGGAGGCGAUUUGGAGGGAAAUUCUAAAACUACGACUCAAGACUGAUAUUGUGGAGAUACGAGACUUGGAACGGGCAGAUUUUAACUAUGAUUUGUGACACAGGGAGUCAUGCAAUGUUGUUGCAACUCGUCAAUCUGUUUUUUUAAAACAUGCGCUCAAACUGUUGAAUGUUAUAGUAGCUCUAAGGUUUAUGACACAGCAUAAGUGGGAGAAGGACAGCUAAAUAAUUGAAUUUGUUAGUCUUUGUGUUUAUUACACUUCAAGUAAAUCUACACGAUAUUGUUAUACUGUUGAAAUUUGUGUUAAAAUUUUAUCAGCUCAUGAAUAUAAUAUUUUUCAAAUUAACUAUUAUAAAUGAUGUUCCU